UAUACGUAAAAAUAUACAACGUAUUUACAUAGAAACAAAUUUCAUUUGAAAAAUUAGUUCGGUACUUACCUGGGUAAACAAUAUUAUCUAUAUCUGCGAGUGACUGUACGUAUUCGCAACUACGAGAGUACAUAUCAAGGUAGACACUGUUGAAUCAUUUCGUACGCGUCAACGUCGCGUGACGAACGCGCGAGACACCGUCGACGGUUUAACGACACAACUGGCAACGCGGUUCAAGGUCAAAGAAACCUCCUUCCGGUCGUGUGGUCGCAAAGCCAUCGAAUUGCGUUGAAAACAUGUGAACCUUUGAAAAGUGGUGCAGUGCGUCAAGCGUCGAUUCGGUCGAAAUACGCAGAACCGGUAAUCCGCUACUGCCCUUGCUCGCCAUUCGUGAUAACGUAACAGGAAGACUCGCACGUACGUUUUCCAACGAAUCGUAUCCAAUAAAAUUAGCAUCACGCAGGGCAAAUCGAUCUAACGCGCGAUUACGUGAAUUGCAUUUCCGCACAGUUUCGAAAUGCUAACAGGAAAGAGUAUUUCAGAAUCCUGGAAACACGUUGGUCAGAUCCUAACUAGAACACAAUGAACAACUUUUCUUACGGAUGGAAACAGGAAGUGAUCGAACCAGAAAUUGUACGACAGGAAGCACAUAAGCCGGAAUUAGGAGAAAGAGGAUCUGGGUUUCGACCACGAGCAGAUGUUCAAGAUUUCAACACACUCAGGCGAGAAUGUUUGUCAACGGGCAGGCUCUUCGAAGAUCCCGAGUUUCCGGCAACGGACUCCUCCUUAUAUUUUUCGAAAAGUCCUGACAGACACAUAGAAUGGAAACGUCCGAUGGAAAUCGUGGAUAAUCCACAGCUAUUUGUGGAAGGUUUCUCCAGAUUCGAUAUCCAGCAGGGUGAAUUGGGAGAUUGUUGGUUACUCGCUGCCGUUGCGAAUCUAACUAUGGACAGUAAUUUAUUUUUCCAAGUAGUGCCAGAAGAUCAAAGCUUCGAAGAAAAUUACGCCGGUAUCUUUCAUUUCAGGUUCUGGCAAUACGGUAGAUGGGUGGACGUAGUGAUCGACGAUAGAUUACCUACUUAUUACGGUGAAUUAGUGUACCUGCGUUCAGCGGAGAGCAACGAGUUUUGGAGUGCUCUCUUAGAGAAAGCUUAUGCGAAGCUUCAUGGCUCGUACGAGGCGUUGAAAGGUGGAACCACAUGCGAGGCCAUGGAAGACUUUACGGGCGGUGUGACGGAAAUGUAUCAAAUGGAGAAAGUCCCUCCGAAUCUAUUCAGUAUUCUGCUAAAAGCUUUUGAAAGGAACUCGUUAAUGGGCUGUUCGAUAGAGCCCGAUCCAAACGUAUUGGAGGCUAAGACGCCUCAAGGACUGAUCAGAGGCCAUGCUUAUAGUAUUACACGCGUCAAGUACGUGGACAUUCAAACGCCAAAUCGUUAUGGAAGGAUACCUCUACUUAGGCUUAGGAAUCCCUGGGGAAACGAGGAGGAAUGGAACGGUCCGUGGAGCGAUCAAUCACCCGAAUGGAGAUUUAUUUCCGAUAACGAGAAGGAGGAAUUAGGCUUAACUUUCGACAUGGACGGUGAAUUUUGGAUGUCAUUUCAAGAUUUUACGCAAUACUUUACGCAACUAGAAAUAUGCAAUUUAAAUCCGGACUCGUUGACCGAGGACGAUCUAAACGCUGGCAAGAAGAAAUGGGAAAUGAGCGUGUUCGAAGGCGAAUGGGUGCGAGGCGUUACGGCUGGAGGCUGUAGAAACUUUUUAGAAACAUUUUGGCAUAACCCUCAGUAUCGUAUUACGUUGGAGUAUCCGGACGAAGAUGAUGAUAAGUGUACAGUAAUCGUUGCGUUGAUGCAGAAAAAUAGGCGAGCACAGAGAAGGAUGGGCGCAGAAUGCCUAACUAUUGGAUUCGCAAUAUACAACUUGGAGAAUCCUGCACGACUACCAAAACCGUUAGACAUCAAUUUCUUCAAAUACAAUGCAUCGGUCGGGAGCUCGCCGGCAUUUAUAAAUUUACGAGAAGUUACGUGUCGCUUCAAAUUUCCGCCUGGUGUCUAUUGUAUAGUUCCAAGUACAUUCGAUCCUAACGAGGAAGGUGAAUUUCUGCUCCGAAUCUUCUCCGAAAAUCAGAACAACAUGGAGGAGAAUGACGAAGAAGUCGGUAUUGGAGAAGUUGAUGACAGGGUGAUUAACCCUAAAGAUGACAACACACAAGGAAACGGAGAUACGAUUCGAGGUGAACCAGAGCCAGACCGAAAUGAAGAUAAAGUUCGAGAAUUCUUUAAGAAGCUUGCUGGUGAAGAUAUGGAAGUAGACUGGAUGGAAUUGAAAGAAAUCUUGGAUUUUGCAAUGAGAAAAGAACUACCACAGUUGGUGCAUCGUAGUGAGGCUCAUGCCCCUGAAACCGUACAAGGAAAUGGUUCGUUUAUCGACACUAUCAUCUCACUGCUGUGCGGCAUUGUUUGUAAUAAUGAACAGUACAAUAAGUCCGUAGAAACACACGAUCAAGGAUUCAGUAAAGAUGUGUGCCGUAGUAUGGUCGCCAUGCUGGAUGUGGAUCAUUCUGGGAAACUGGGCUUCGAAGAAUUCAGAACGUUAUGGAACGAUAUAAGAAAAUGGAGGGCGGUUUUCAAAUUAUACGACAAAGACGAGUCAGGAUACUUGAGCGCAUUCGAAUUGCGACAAGCGUUAAAUAGCGCGGGUUAUCGACUUAAUAAUCAUAUUUUAAAUAUUUUGGUACAUCGUUACGGAACGAAAGAAGGCAUGAUCACGUUCGAUGAUUACAUAAUGUGCACAGUACGACUCAAAACAAUGAUAGAUAUCUUUAGAGAAAGAGAUCCUGAUUCAUCGAAUACGGCGACGUUUACAAUGGAGGAAUGGAUAGAAAAAACAUUAUACUCGUAAUCUAAUCCGUGUGUCAAAACAGAUCGAGAAAAAAAGGUGAAUACGUUUGUUAUUCUUGAAAAAUUAUAUGUAAAAGUCUACCAGUUAUAACAAUUUUUCUGUUGCAUUUGUAUUGAUAUUAUUAUAUAUGUAUGUUGAUGUAUGCCAGUAUAUCUUAUUAUGUUUAUGCGCAGAUCCUUUUCGUACAAAACUACAAAAUGUCCCAAAUUCCUUUCGUUGGUAAUUUCAUCGUUUAUCCUGACUUAGACCCGAGCCUUGACCAAUGACUCAGUUUUAAAGCUCUCUCUGUUCUGCCCUUUUUCUUCCCCCUUUCUCACUUUUCCAAACGUACAUAUAUAUCCUGCGCUUUUCCCUAAACCCAGAUUCUGAUGUUUGGCAGUUUCACGAACAAUGUAAAGUUUAGUCUAAGACUACGAAUAGGCAAUUGUUUUUGUACACUGUUAGUCCACACAACCUAGUAUUUGAAUGGUAAUAAAGAGUGAUCAAGAGGAAUGCAACAAUGUAUACAAAACGUAGUAUUACGUGCCUUAAGAUAACUGUACAUCUAAAUUCAUAUUUUGUUAGAGCGAUAAUAAUUUAUGGGAACCCGUAUGAAUAAAUAAAACAUAGUUUUAUAAAGAAAUUCCUAAUGUGAAGAAAAAAAACAA